AUCUUUGUCUGACACAUGCAACCCUCUCGCUCUUGGUAUUAUUUUCAAAAGCAAAAAAGUAAUUUCCCCGUGAAAAUUGUGGUGAUUGCGUGUGUUUUGUGGCCCCCAAGUGAUGCCCCAAUGUACGGUGGUGGGCCCCAUGUGAUGCCCAGUGCGAUGUGUUGUGUGAAACGUACGCAAAAAGGUGCACAAAUACAUUUAGUGUGGUAGGGAAAAAUUCUUUUACGGGACGUUGACGAAUGCAGAGAAGAAAUAAUGGCAACAGCACUUCUCAGCUCGGAUAUUUCACGACGAAAUCCCCAGAAUGAGUAUGAGCUGAUCCAGAAGAUUGGCUCCGGCACCUAUGGGGAUGUGUACAAGGCAAAACGUCUUCAAAGCAAUGAUUUGGCUGCAAUUAAGGUCAUCAAAUUGGAUCCUGGUGAUGACAUUCAAAUAAUUCAGCAAGAAAUUAUUAUGAUGCGCGACUGUCGACAUCCCAAUAUUAUUGCAUACUACGGAAGCUACCUACGACGGGAUAAGUUGUGGAUUUGCAUGGAAUACUGCGGCGGUGGGAGUUUGCAGGAUAUCUAUCAAGUUACGGGUCCGCUGACGGAACAACAAAUUGCCUACAUGUGCCGUGAGACGCUCAAGGGUUUGGCGUAUUUGCACUCUCGCGGAAAGAUGCAUCGCGACAUUAAGGGGGCAAAUAUCCUUCUCACCGAGAGUGGGGAUGUUAAAUUGGCGGAUUUUGGCGUGUCAGCACAAAUAACGGCUACAAUCAAUAAAAGGCGCAGCUUUAUAGGAACUCCAUACUGGAUGGCUCCUGAAGUGGCCGCUGUGGAGCGGAAAGGUGGUUACAAUCAACUCUGUGAUAUUUGGGCAUGUGGUAUUACGGCUAUUGAAUUAGCUGAACUGCAGCCACCGAUGUUCGACAUGCAUCCAAUGCAAGCUCUCUUUGUGAUGUCCAAGAGUGGCUUUAAGCCACCAACGCUGAAGGAGAAGGAAAAGUGGUCAACGACAUUUCAUUCCUUCAUUAAAACAGCACUCACGAAGAAUCCGAAGAAACGACCAACGGCUGAGCGUCUACUUGAGCAUCAAUUUGUCGAGAAGGAAAUGCCAAUGAGGGUGGCACAAGAGCUCCUACAGAAGUACUAUAGUCCAAAUCAAUUCUACUUCUAUUCCGAUGGGGAUGAAGAAGGGGCUGUUGCGAAUGUUCCAAAGAGAAUUGCCAGCAAGAUGUCAUCGAGAUCCAAUGGUAUUCCAACUGGACAGAAUCAUACACUUAAAGCUAAUCCACCCACUCAAUGGAACAAUGAUCGCUCAUCGAGUCCUGAAACGUUACCAAGUGAUAUGAGUCUAUUGCAAUAUAUUGAUGAGGAACUGAAAUUAAGAGCGACAUUGCCGCUGAUGGAUACGAAAGAAGUGCUCGAUGGUGAAUGUUCAUGCUCACAUGGGCAUAUUUCGAGUAAUCACAAUGGUGGAGCACUGGGGCAGGUGACAGUACCACUCAGGGAGACAGCCCUUGUGGGAGUGGAGAGUAAUGAUGGAGGGGACCACCAGAAGGGACAUUGUCGCGGGGAGACGAAUCAGAAUGGAGCUGUUGAGAGUCCCCGACGGCAUAGUUCAAUGGAUCAACUGAUGGGAUUGCUCAAUGAGAUGGGUGUAUCGACGCGACAUAGGAGUUUGAGUGAUAGCGGUGGAGCUGCCGAUGAGGAUGUUGAGCGCGGGGAUGCAAUGCAGCCGGAUCUCCUCAAUAAUACACCCCCUGUGCCGCCAAAACGUUCCCACAGACGACGGCAUACCCCACCUAGACCCACAUCCAAUGGUCUACCACCAACACCAAAGGUUCACAUGGGUGCGUGUUUCAGUAAAAUCUUCAAUGGAUGCCCACUCAGUGUAAAUUGUACAGCAUCGUGGAUUCAUCCGGACACGCGGGAUCAGCAUCUUCUUAUUGGUGCCGAAGAGGGUAUCUUCAAUCUCAACAUGAAUGAACUUCAUGAUGCUGUGAUUGAUCAAGUUUAUCCGCGGCGAACAACGUGGCUGUAUGUCGUGAAGGAUGUCCUAAUGUCCCUGUCGGGAAAGAGCUCUCAGCUCUAUCGGCAUGAUCUCAUUGCAAUGCAUUCAAAGCAAACGCACAGAUUUUCCCUUCAUAUGAAUCGCAUUCCUGAGAAGCUUGUCCCGCGGAAGUUUGCCAUAACGACCAAAGUACCGGACACCAAGGGAUGUGUGCAGUGUUGUGUAACACGGAAUCCCUACAAUGGCUACAAAUACCUCUGUGGGGCACAACCAUCGGGGAUCUUUCUCAUGCAAUGGUAUGAUCCACUAAAUAAAUUUAUGUUACUGAAGCAAUGUGAAUGGCCAUCGGUGGGUGGUGGUGGCGGUAUGUCACCACAUACUCCGGUUUUUGAGAUGCUAAUCACCCCGGAGUUGGAAUACCCGCUCAUUUGUGUGGCAAUUAAAAAGGCCGUGGGGAUUGCACAUGGGGGUAUCAAGUUGGAUUUAAUAAAUAUGAAUAGUGGGGCAAGUUGGUUCCAUUCUGAUGAAUUGGAAUGCGAUGGAACGACAACAAUGGUACCCCGUAGGGAACCCCUAAAGGUGGUUAAAGUGCAUCAAUUGGAGAAGGACACAAUCCUUGUGUGUCAUGGAAAUACAAUUCACAUAGUCACAAUGAAUGGUAUGCUGAAGCAGAGCAAAAAAUUGGUGUCACAGCUCAAGUUUGAUUUUAGCAUCGAGAGCGUUGUUUGCCUGAAUGACAGUGUCUUGGCGUUUCAUAAAAAUGGAAUGCAAGGUAGAUCCUUGAGGAAUGGAGAGAUUACACAAGAAAUCACCGACAUGUGUCGCACAUAUCGACUUCUGGGGAGCGAUAAAGUUGUCGCUUUGGAGAGUCAAUUACUUCGUACUGGAUCCCUUGGGAGUGAGGAAGGACAUGAUUUGUACAUUUUAGCCGGGCACGAAGCCAGCUAUUGAGAAGUUAAAAAAAACAAACAAACAUGCAACUAAAAAAAAUCAUUUUCUCAUCUCCCUUUUAACUAAUUUUCUAAAUCACACAGACCUAUUAAAGGAAUUUAGUGAGUAAGUAAACAACAAAAAAUUAUAUUAUUGAUAAUAUAUUUCCGAAUGAAAAAAAAAUCAUAUUGCAAUUUAUUGAUAAUGAGCACAUAUAGAGAGAAAAAUUUUACGAAAAUAUUAUUAACUAAAAAAAUAAAUAAAUUUAAAUUAAGCGAAAAUGGGGAAAAGAGAAUUGAUGAGAUGGGAAGAUGCUAGAAAAUGCCACAAAUAUUUUGGGAUAGAGAAUGUACAGAGAAUGUGCUGUCGUGUAAUGUAAAUAGUUCUUGAUUAUAUGCGUAGAAUAGUUUUUAAGAAUUAAAAUGUUUUAUGGGAAAUAUUAUGCGCAAUGUGCGGAAGUUUUAAGAAAAAAAUGAGAUUUAUUCGUUAUUUUUUUAUUAUUUAAUUUUAUAAUAUUAAACAAAAAAACACACUUCGAGUCAUCGUUUGAUAUAUAUUUCGUAGUAUUUGAUAAUAAAGUAAUCUAUGUUUUUUUUUUAAUAAUAAUAAUAAUAAUUAAAAAUUAGGACGCGCUGAGAAAAGGGAAUUUAAAUUAAAAAUUGGGAUUGUAUAAAUUCGACAGAAUUACGAGAAAUAUGCGUUUGUGUCCUAUAUUUGGAUGUUUUUUUAUUAUUUAAUACAUUUUGAAGAAGAAAAAAAACAAUUUAUUUUGUAGAAUUGUUGUGUCUAUCGUUUAAAAAAAGUGUAAUGAGAAAAAAUCUAAUAAUACAAAAAAAUAAAUAAAAUAAUAAUCACUAAAAAAGACCAUUAUAAACGUAAUACAAAAAAAAACAAGCAACUAAAACACAAUGAAGAGAAUAAUAAAAAAAAAUAGAAAAUAUUUUAUUCAAUAGCGAGGAAUAUAUAGUCAGACUUUCGAAUUACAAUAAAUUGGUUGAUGUUGUACCCUUCUCCCCAAAAAAAAAUCCAUUAAAAUUUUUAGGAAAUAGAAAUAAAAAAAAAUUGUGGAAAAAUAUUCAACCCAUUCGAUAAAAUAGUCUAUAUAAAAAAAAACUAUUUAAAAAGAAAUAUAUUACAGCAUAAAAAUGCCCAAUAAACACAAGAACAAAGUAUUUACUGAUGAAUUGACAUAAAUAGGAGUUAUUGAGAUAAAAAGAAAAGAAGUUUACUAAAUAUAUUUUACGAAAGUAUUAUGAAAGAAAAAGAAAAUCUUCUAUACACAUUACCACAAUCUAAAACAAAACGACAAAAAAAUCAUAUUUUACAAAAUAUUACUUAGGAGGUAGUAAGAAAAUGAGAAAAUGUGUGAGAGAAAAUAAGAGAAAAAAAUGAAGGAAAUAUGAUACAAGCUGGGAAAGGAGUGGCAAAAAUUAAUAUUUGGCAGAAUGAUUUCUCAAAUACAUUGUUUCAAAGAACGAAAAAAUUCAAAAUGAAAGAAUUUCAUUACUCUAUUGACGCUAUUCACAAUUGAAAAGUAAAGGAUGUUUUAACUCUUUUUAAGGCAGGUGUAAGGUUAAUUAACACUGGAGGACCAAAAGCCUUUACCACCAAUUUUGAUCUUAAUUUUCUCUAAAAAAAAAGAAAACACUUUUUUUUUUUUAAUUUUCUUUAGUAAUCCUGAAUUUGAGUUCCCUUAGAACAAAAUACAGAAUUUAUCACAAUUAAUUAAAUAAAUAAGAUUCUAUGAAGAUUUAAAAAAAAGUCAAAUUGGCAGCGAGUACCAGUUUUGUCCUCCAUCCAAAUGUUAAGUAAUUCAAGAGUAAUAUUAUAUGGGUAAUGACCUCUCAGAGAUUUUUUAUGCAAGUCCUAAAUCCAUCAGAACUAGGCCCUACAAUUUGUUUUUCUAGAUAGUCAAAUAGUUUUUUUUUUUAAAUACUUAUAAAAGAAUUUUAAAAUCUUUUUUUGCAUCAAGAGUUUUCCUGAUAUUAAGCUCCACGAAAAAUUAUAUUAUUUUGUCCUUUAACGGAUGUUGUAGAAAGAAUUCCAGUUAAAAUAAUUAUAAAUAUAUGACCCACAAUAUAAAGCUAUUAGAGUCACUUGAAGACCCCUGCUUGGCGUACAAAGAUUUAACCAAUUCUUCUCUGCAGAUGAUUUUUUUACAAUAAAUCAUUCAAAUACUUUGCAUUUAUUUUUAAGAACGAUCUUCUUUAAAAAUAUUCCAAUUUCGCAUUUUCUUCUAAUAAUUUUAUUAAAAAACAAUUGUAUCUUUUAUUUAACAUUCUCUUUUACAAAGUAAAGAAAUGUGAAUAGUGUCAUUAGAAGAAAAAUAUAAAAGCAUGUACAAUUUCACGAUUUCGCGUAUCAAAGAUUUAAGAAAAGUAAUAAACAAAAAUAUAAAAGUUGUGUUUAUGAAACAAAAAAAUAGAGAAAAUAUUUUUCUUAAAUAGAAUCUAAUAGGUAGUAAAAAAUUUAUUCAAAUCUUGAAUGAAAAUGCGAUUAAAAAACAAAAUUUCAUGAAAAAAACAUAAUAAUUCAGUGUUAAGAUCUUUCUCGACGACUCUUCGUUUUUUUUGCAAACUCCUUUCUGGGUCAGUUUUAUCAUGUACGAAAUUACAUAUAUAUUUAAAGAAAAAAAACACAAAACUAUCCAAAAAAAACCUGGCAUUAGAUGAAAAAUCAUGAAGGAGAGAAGAAUAAUGUUGAAUUUAUUUUUAAAAAUACAAAAAUGAAAAAAAGACAAAUGAGUAUGAAAAGAU